AUGGAGAGGAGUGCAAAAAAACAAUGCAUCCGUCAAAACGAUGGAAUAGCACGAGGUGCUUCUGGUGUUCACACUUCAACAGAAAGUCACGGAAUGGCUAAUUCAUCAGGAUUUGACUAUGAAGUAUUCUUGAGCUUUAGAGGACCAGAUACUCGAGCAACUUUUACCGACCACCUUUACACCAGUCUUAAAAACACAGGAAUCCGUACAUUUAAGGACGACGAAGAUCUCCGCGAAGGGGAAGAGUUUGCCCCAAAACUUCUCCAAGCAAUUAAGCAGUCGAAGAUCUUAGUACCUAUCUUUUCGAAAGAUUAUGCCACUAGUGUAUGGUGUCUCAAGGAGGUAGUCCAAAUGGUCGAGUGCAAGAAAACUGGGGAACAAAAGAUCAUCCCUAUUUUUUAUGAUGUGGCGCCUGCAGAGGUUCGGUACCAAACUGGGGAUUAUAAAAAUUCCUUUCUUUUACAUGAAAGCAAGAAGCGAUAUGACCAAGAGACUAUCGGAGAGUGGAAGGAUGCUCUCAGUGCAGUUGGGGAAAUAAACGGAUACGACCUGCAAAGCAUGCCCAUCAGGCAAGAAGGUAAGUUCGUGAAAACAUUCACGCAAAAGGUUUUCCAUGAGUUGAAAAAAGCUUCUCUGGUAGUAUCAGACUACUUGGUCGAUGUCGACCACCAUGUGGAUAAAAUCAUGGAUUUGAUAGGAGCUUGGACAAGUGAAACACGGAUUAUAGGAAUCCAUGGGAUGGGUGGCAUCGGAAAGACAACUAUUGCCAAAAUCAUCUACAAUCGGCUUUCAAAAAAGUUCAACAAUCGUUGCUUUCUUUCCAAUAUCAGUGAAAUGUCAAAAACCAAGGGCAUUGAAUGCUUGCAGAAUCAGCUCAUCUCUGACAUCCUCAAAACGGAGUGGACAGACAUAAGUAAUAUUGAUGAAGGGAUCAAGACAAUUAAGGAUAGGCUAUCUAGUAAAAGAGUUCCCCUCCUUUUUUGUGAUGUUGACCAGAAGAAUCAAUGGAAUGGGCUCAUGGGUAACAUCUAA